UCGUUCUUCCUCCCUCUCUGUGGUUUCCCCACUUGCGGCUGGGCGAAUUCUUGGCUGUCCGGCAAGGCUGCUCCUCGGCCCCGCUCCGGGCAGGUGCCACCAAGAAACCCUUUGGACAAAGUUCUGCUUGCAGGAUCCAAUCUGGGUCAGUCACUGGACCAGAGGUUUCAUCUUCUGAGCUUUCGUACUCGUGCUGGAGCCCAUCCUCCUGCCCAUCUUCCAACCUUUUGGCCAAAGUUCUGCUUGUUCGAGUUUCCCAUGAUGGAAAGCCCUGGAAGUGAGCUGCCCCUGGAAACUAUGCAGAGGGGGGAACACUUUGACCAAAGGUCCCCUCAGAGGAAUCAGGGGAAACUCUCCAGAUGCUCCGAGUGCAGGAAAUACUUUACUUACCAGUCCCUCCUUUUGAUCCACCGGAUGCUGCAUAAGGGGAAUGGAUCCCACCUGUGUUUUCUAUGUGGGAACUCCUUUCCUGGAAUGUGGAGCUUUGCCAAACAUCUCCGGAGCCACCCUGGACUGAGGCCUUACAAAUGCGGAGAGUGUGGGGAGCGUUUUGCUAAAGGCUCGGACCUUGGAGCCCAUCAGCGAAUCCACCAGGGAAAGAGAUCUCAGGAAUCCAGGAAGAGCUGGGGAAGAUUUCCUGAGAGAUGGCGUCUUUCUAGGCCUCAGAACAGCCAGGCUGAAGAGAAGCCCUGCAAGUGUGUGCAAUGUGGGCUGUGCUUUUCUCAAACCUCGCAGCUGCUUAAACAUCAGCAAAUCCACACCAGAGCGAAACCUUAUCAAUGUCUGGAGUGUGGGAAAUCUUUCCAUUAUAAACAAUGUUUUAGAAAACAUGAGAAAAUUCACACAGGGCAGAGUCCUUAUAAAUGCUUCGUGUGUGGAAAGUGUUUCACUCGGAGUUCAUAUCUUUGCCAACAUAAUAAAACACACACAAAGGAAGAAAGCAAAACGUGCCUAGAAUGUGGGAAAUCUUUUUCCAGGAAAUCAUGCCUGCUGAAACAUCAGAGAAUUCACACUGGGGAAAGACCCCAUGAAUGCCCAGAAUGUGGGAGAUGUUUUGGUGAAAAGUCAAACCUAAUUCGACAUCAGAGACUUCACAUUGGGGACAGACCCUAUCAAUGCCCAGAAUGUGAGAAACGAUUUGUGAAUUCUUCUGAACUUUGGAUCCACCAAAGGACGCACAGGGGAGAAAAACUAUAUAAAUGUAAGGAUUGUGAUAAAUGUUUUUCUCAAAAGGCAAAUCUUUUUCAACAUCAGACUGUCCAUACAGGGGUGAAGCCAUAUAUGUGUAUUGAAUGUGGAAGAUUUUUCCGUACAAUACAAAUCCUCAGAAAUCAUGAGAAUGUUCACAGAGGGGAAAAAAAGUUCAAAUGUUUAGAAUGUGGGAAAGCAUUUGCUCGUUCAUCAUCCCUUAGAAUUCACUGCCAAACCCAUACAGGUGAGAAAUGCCAUAAAUGCUCAGUGUGUGAGAAAUCUUUCUCCCGGAAAGAUACACUUUUGAUGCAUCAGAGAAGCCACUUAGAGAAGUUAUAUAAAUGUCCAGAGUGUGAGAAAACUUUUCCUUGCAAAUAUUAUCUUAGUAAACAUUCUAAGAGGAUUCACAGAGGGAAGCUUUACAAGCCUGUGCAGAAAAAUGAAAUGUGCCCAGAAUGUGGGAGGUGUUUUGCCAAAAAGUCACAACUAAUUCAACAUCAGGGAUUUCACACUGGAGAAAGACCCCAUCAAUGCCCAGAAUGUGGAAGAUGUUUUGGCUACAAGUCACACCUAAGUCGACAUCAGACACUUCACACUGGAGACUCACCCUAUCAAUGCCCACAAUGUGAGAAACGAUUUGUGGAGUCUGCUGGACUUCGGAAACAUCAGAAGAGGCACACAGGAGAGAGGCCUAUAAAUGUGGGGAGUGUGGGAAAUGUUUUUCCUGAAAAUAACACCUUGGAAAGCAUCAAAAGGUCCAUUCAAGAAUGAAGCCAUAGAGAUGCAUAGAGUAUGGGAAUAUUUUGUUCAAAAAGGAGACAUCAGAAAACUCACAUGGAAAAUGCCCUAAUAGGCCCUGAUGGGAGAACAGUUUUUCAUAGUUGUUCAACUGUUAGAAGUUAUAUAAGAGUUCAUCAAAGGGGGGAGGGGGGAUUAGAAACUCUCAGAUCAUGGGAGAGCAUUUUCUUAUCAAUCGUCCCUCAAAAAUCACACUCUAAUCCAUAUUGGAAAGAUGCAGUUUAAAUCUUUGAAGUGUGAUGUAUGGUUUGCCUGGAAAAAUACUCUUUCAGCAGUGAGAAUUGCAUUUGCACAAUAAUGGAAGGAUGAGGGUACUCCUACAGAGGAGAAGAUAAUUAAAAAUAUAUUAGAUUGUGUAGAGAUGGAUAGAUUUAGGCUAAAAAUAAAGGAUAAGGAAGAAUCAGAA